AUGGCGGACUUCACAGCCGAUCUACAGCCUGCAGAUGUGCAAGCGCCGAGCAUCCUCGCCCGGGAAAGGGCUGCUUCCAGUAUUCAUGUCGACGAGCUGGCCAGACACUUGCUCUGGCGCAACGACUUCCUCGAUCGGCAAAAGAAAAUCCUGACAAUUCUCGAGGCAAUGCCAAUCUUCUCCAAGAAGAACCAGCUCAACAUUUCGAGACCGGACCGUUUCCAUCUUGCGCUGGCACGAGCCAAAACACUACGGAGGCUGUCACUGAAGUACGGCUGGGAUAGAGACGAUUUCCUCAUGGCGGAAUACUUGAUCGACGAAAUGCAUCCUUUUGCCCUUCAUUGGGGCAUGUUUGCUACAUCCCUUCGCGAACAAUGCAACGACAAGCAAAGAGCCUAUUGGCUACCCAAAGUAGACAACUGGGACAUUAUCGGCUGCUAUGGACAGACCGAGCUGGGCCAUGGCAGUAACGUCAGGGGUAUUGAAUGCCAGGCCAAGUGGGAUCCCCAGACCAAGGAAUUCAUUAUCCACAGUCCCACCAUUACUGCAAGUAAGUGGUGGAACGGAGCACUGGGUAGAACGGCGAAUCAUGCUAUUGUGGUGGCUCAGCUAAUGCUCCCAACCCCCGGGGCUAGCAGUGACAAGUACAAGUCCUAUGGGCCUCACCAGUUCAUUUUACAGAUCCGCGACAUGAAGACUCACAAACCGUUGAAUGGAAUAGUGAUUGGGGAUAUUGGCCCCAAGUAUGGAUAUCCUGGUAUGGAUAAUGGAUAUAUGCUUUUUAACAACUUCAGAGUGCCUCACUCUGCAUUACUAUCAAAGCAUUCCGGUGUCGAUCCACAGCAUGGUACCUAUAUUAAGCCCAAGAACCCGGCCUUGGUCUAUGGAACCAUGACAUUUAUCCGAGCUCAGAUUAUCAUGCACGCGCGGCUAGUGUUGGCUCGGGCGGUGACUAUUGCGGUUCGAUAUUUAUCCAUUCGCCAUCAAUUCUCUGAUCGAGAUUCGGGGACAGGUGUACCUGAGGAAGCAGUGCUCAACUAUCCGACUGUGCAAAUUCGUGUUCUUCCUCUCCUGGCGACAACUUUCGCCCUCCAUUACACCGGCGAGACAAUGUUCAAGCUGUACUGGGGCACCCGCCAGCAAAUCGAGACCGGGGACACUUCAAGUUUAGCAGAGAUGCACGCUGCAUCGUCUGGCUUAAAGUCGCUGUGCACAACCCUUGCGGCCGACGGCAUUGAGACGUGUCGUCGGGCCAUGGGAGGCCAUGGCUUUGGCGGUGGAAGCGGCAUGAUUAACUUGAACAAUGAAUACCUGUCCAAGCCGACGGUCGAGGGCGACAACUGGAUGAUUACCCAGCAGACAGCGUCUUACCUGAUCAAGAGGAUGCAGCGGGCAGUGGAAGAGCCGAAUCUGGAGCCCACUGACUUUGUAGAUGCGCAUUUUCAGGAGUAUGUGAAGUGUACGGAAUCUUGCAGGACGGAGGGAAAUCAUUCCGACCUUACUAAAGACUCGAUUGCUUUGGUGGACGCAUUCAAGCAGAGAGUCUCGUUCCUCGCCUAUAAAGUGUAUCGGGAAAGGGUGGUUGAGAAGAAGUCGUGGACAGGCUUGAUGAUCAGCCUGCACAAGCUCAGUCGUGCGCACUCAGAGAGCCUCCUCGUGUCAAACUUUCACGAGGCCGUCUUCACCAAAACUCCUCACCCGCCCUUAAAUGAGGCGACAGUCAGCGUGUUGCAAACACUUUUCCGGCUCUUCGCUCUGUUCACACUCGAUGCUUCGGCUUCGGAAUUCUUGGUGUCCAAGGCGUUGACUAUUGAGACCAUCCCUGACGUGAGUUUGGCCAUCCAAGAACUCCUGACUCAGGUCAGACCCGACGCCGUGAGACUGGUGGAUGCGUGGUCUAUUCCCGACUUCGUACUCGAGAGUGCUCUAGGGAGUUACGAUGGGGACGUUUACAACCGGCUCUUCUACAAGGCACACAAGGAGAAUCCUUUGAAUCGGGUGACAUUCAAUCCCGACUGGAAGACUGAAGAGGUUGUGAUGGGUGAAGGCGAGGAGAAUGCUCGACGCAGGCUGGAGGCUCUGGUGUUGGGUGUGACUGUUGACGAGACUUCCGCAAAGUCGAAGCUUUAA